GAACAAAUACCGGUGAUUCGUGUUCGUGAUAUCGCACCGGCAGAAUCUACCGGGUAGAUAAACGUAGCCGAGCGGGAGGCGGUUAGUCGUGCGCGAUACCCGUAGCCGCGUGCGCCGGUCAUUCUUUUAGCUACGGGGUCCCUUGAACCUCGUUCGCGUCGAAAAUUUCAAUGGGAUCGGAGCUGGUCACCGAGAUGAUUGUUUUAUACAGAGCAGUUUCGAGCAGGAGCGACCGCGACUUCAGAUAAUCGUAGAUUUAUCUAUAUAGUCGAAUGAUUCCGCGCUUCUUGCCCGGUUACGUUAAUUUUAUAUAAAUGCCUUCGAGACGAAUCUGAGAGAAAGAGAGAUAGAGAGAGAGUUUAUCACUGUGAUCGCGAUCGAUGUGCCGAGUGCCGCGAGUUGCCUGAAAAAUCGUUACAAUCGGUGCGGAUAUAUAUAGUUCGAUCGCUCGUCCGGAGCGAUCGACAUUUAUUUGAGAAUUGUAUAACGCGAAAUUGGAGUAACUCGCGCGCGCGUGUAUAUAUCUAUAUAUGUAUAUCGUGUAACGAAGGAAUUGUACAUAUAUAACGUUGAUUUUUUUAAAUCGAAUUUUUUGCGCGUCUUCAAAACGUUCCUCCCCCUCUCCUUGGAUUAAUGGUUCCCGCACGUAACAACAUGUUUCUCGUUUGCGUGACCGUGGGACUCGUUUUUCUGGCGUCGAAGUAUCGCGACAACGUGCUUCGCAGCGUCAAGCAUCUGUAUAAGAAUAUCAAAAAUCGAGAUGGCAGCAAUAAGGCCAAACGCGAUAAGCAAGAUACCGAUGAUAAUAAUAAUGAGGAUGCUAACGACAACAAGGAGAUUAAAAUUGUAUUAGACAAGAUUAUUCUGGCGGACUCUCCGGAAAAAUGCGAUUACGCCAUACAGCGUAUUCGUUGUGAUCUGUCUGAUGGUGUCUUGGGUUUUGAUUGCGAAUGGGUCAAAGAGGGACCCGUCUCUCUGUUACAACUGGCUACUUUCAAUGGAGUAGUUGCUUUGUUUCGCAUCGGAAAGAUUGGAUACAUUCCGCCUAAACUUAAGGAAUUAUUAGCUAGUAAGCACAUUCUUAAAGUGGGGAUCUCUUCAUUCGAAGACGGACAGAAAAUUGUUAAGGAUUAUGGAUGUAGAGUUAAUGGAACUCUUGAUUUAAGAACCUUAGCUGAAAGUCUCGAUCUACCGAGCCGGAAAAGCUUAGCUGCCAUGAGUUUAGAAUAUCUUAACAUUGAGAUGGACAAAAUGAUAGAAAUCAGGUGUGGUGACUGGGAUGCUAGCACCUUAACCGACGAACAAGUUGCGUAUGCUGCUUGUGAUGCGCUUGCAUCUGUUAUCAUUUAUCAUAAGAUAAGGCAAAAAGAGAAAAAGAAAUAUUCAUUAUGGCAGAGAGUAGGAAUUUACUUAUAUAAUAUAUUUAGUAGUGAUAUAAGUGUGCGGAUUCAUGGUGUACCUGCUAAAACAGUCGAUACGAGGUUCAAGGUUCAGCGAUCACCAAGUGCGGACAGUAUUACUAGUAAUAAUGUUUUAAAUGCCAAGAGUAAAUCAGUAGUAGUAGAUAAAAACACUAUUAACGAUCGUAAAAAUGCGAUACCUACUAGAAUCAAGCCGUUAUAUCAUAAUUGUUAUUUACAAGCGCCUGAUGGAGAUAUAUUGUGUACAUGCGAUCGCAAGAAGGCGGAGUGGUAUAUUACGAAAAAUUUAGGAAAACUUGUGGAGACAGAUCCAUAUACAGUGAGGUUAAACUUUGAGCCAUCCGGCCGAGCAUUGGGAGAGGUUGGACAAUAUUAUACACAGGUGAAACUUAAUCAAUGUGUAGUCUGUGGAUGCACUGAGAAAUUUAUUAGGAAAAAUGUUGUGCCGCGAGAAUAUCGGAAGUACUUUCCACUGGUAAUGAAGGCACAUCAAUCACAUGAUGUAUUACUAUUAUGUCCUGCCUGUCACGAAAUUAGCAAUAACCAUGAUCUGCAGCUCAGAAGAAAGUUAGCAGACAUGUGUGACGCACCACUAAUUGGGCCGAUAACACACGUACGAGACAACUACUUGCAAAACCGUCGAAAGUUGCAUUCGGCUGUCAAAGCGUUGAGGGAAAAAUUCACGAUGCCUCAGCGGCAACGCGAAGAGUAUGAAAAUUACAUACUGGAACAUACGGGACAGCAGAGAAUUACGCCGGAUCUGCUCAAUGCCCUGAACGAGCAGCUGAAGAACGCACUGAUCCAGAAACCGAUACCUAACAAGUAUCAGCCGCAUGGCUUAAAGGUUGUGCAAUUUUUUCAAAAGCAAGAAAGUGGACUCGUCGAGUUGGAACGUAUGUGGAGAGAACAUUUUCUUUUCACGAUGAAACCGAAGCAUCUGCCAAGUUUAUGGUCUGUACGCCACAAUCAAGAGCGAUUAAUUAUACGCCAAGCACAAAAUAGAAUCGAUGAGGACGAUGCGAAGGCAGCUGGAUUAAAACAGUAGCGCUAGAAUUUGAAUAUUAUAACUGAAAAGUCUCGUAUAAGAGCGAGAACUUCGAAAGACUGUUAUAUUAACCAAUAUAUCUCCUGAAUACAUAUACAUAUAUAUGAAAA